GUCCGACGUUUAAAUUGAUCAUCAAUAUUGAUGGUCAAACAUUUUUUUCAUCCACGACUCAGCAUUUUAUGAUGAGGUGGCUAUAAGGUGACUUCCAUGUCACUAUGCUGAAAAAGAUUCACAAUAAAAUUAAGAAAUAAAAAUAUGAAAACAAAUAAAAGAAAUUAUGAACCACAAAAAUAACAAUCCUAUCUUCUCUCAUCCCACCGUGAACCCAGUCCCCCAUUACCGAUUCUCUCGACAAACUCUACCCAACCCCGAUGAAGCAUUCCAACAUUUCAUCAACGGCGAUCGUCGACUGUUUAGCCGCCGACGAGAGAGGAGAAGAGAGUUUACACUAACAAACGGGGAAUAGGAACAACGGUCGCCGCUGUCUUCAUCACCAACAACCCCCCUAGCAACUCACUCGAGGAGGGAACUGGAAGGAGAGAGAAAGAAUUGGUGGUCGUCGAUUUGAAACAGGGAAGAGGGAAGUCGAAGCGGCGAGAAGCAGGCGGCUGGGAUCUGAAAACAUCAUCGUAUUGGAGGGUCUUCCAAUGGAUCGGAUGUGGUGGUGUACUCGUGUUGCCAUUUUAAAAUUCAGAAUUCAUAUCUCACUCUCACUUAUCGAUGGGGAAAGGUAAUUUCCAGGAAGAAGAUUGAAGUUUCUGGGCGGCGAAGGGAUGAGGUAGUGGGCGCCUCAUAUUUUUAGUUUUUAUUUGUUUUCAUUUAAUUUUUUAUUUUUAGCAUAAAUAAAUUAUAUAAAAGCCACUUCAUUGCCACCUCAACCCUAAAUAAUGUGAGUCACUAGCAGAAUAAAUGUUUGACCGUUAACAUUAAUUGUCAACAUAGAUUUUGGGCUAAAUUUAUCCAAUAGUUUUAAAAGUAGACCAUAAAUUUCUUAUUUGAAAAAUGGAGCCAGAAUUAUCACUUACGCCAAACUUCGGGCCAAACUAGGAUAUUAACCCUUCGUAAUUUACCAAUAAUGUCCUAAGAAGCCCAGUUGAACCUGAGAUAGAAUCGGUAACCAUUGGUUACUAACUCAUUAGUAACUAAAUCUAUAUCUUUAUAUUUAAGUGAGCCGAGAAAACACAACCAGUUCUAGAACCAUCAAUGAUUGGGGAAGCUCCAGCUAUUCGAAAUCUUAGUGAAAGACUAUAUAUAAGAAUUAUGAAUUAAAGACUUUUUGUUUUUCCUAGUUUUGUUAAUUGACUCUUAUCUUCUUCGUUCUAAUUUGUAUUUCAAAUUUUUUUUUUUUGCACAGAUGGAACGAGUUCGUUAUGCUCUACAAAAUGAGGUCAAUUUUCAAUAUUUUUUGAGAAAAUUUUCUCAUACCUCUCGUUACCAACUCCAUACCAUAUGGUAUAUUUUUCGUUUUCAAGUCGUUUUUUAAAAUAUUUGCACAGAAGGAACGAGUUCAUCAAUAUCUAUGGGAACUACAAAUUUCUGGGUGAAAACAAUACAGACCAAAAAAUAUCAUAUUAUACCACCCCGGUAUGGGGUGGUAACUUGUAGUACACAAUGAUGAAAGUCGUAAAUGACAGUUAAGAUACUCAUACUAUCAUAUAAUCAAUUAUCAUACAGUCUUGGUAUGUUCAUACCACCAUAAUACGCUUUCAUAUCAUAUAGUAUACUCUUAUUUAAUAUCAGUCAAUAUCAUCUGGUACAUACCUCUAAAAAAUGGCAACUUUUUUUUGUUCUAAAAAUAUAUCAAAAUGGAUAUAAUUUUGAAGAGCACAAUUGAUCCAUUUGUGCACAAAAAUUUAAAUUUGAACUUAAAGCGAGAAAGAAAUCGCCCAUUAAGUAUUAGAAGGGGAAAUUCAAACGCGCAAAUACAAGAAUGCUAGACCCACUUGCCACGAUAAAUACAAGCGCGCAAAGAGUCGAUGAUGCAGGGCAGAAGCAAGAAAAGUUGUGGUUUACCCCAAUGCACAAGAGAAUGUCAAAUCAGUGAAAUCACCAAGCUUAAGCAUUUGUAUCCUCUUUCACCCUAUAAUGUUUCAACAAUCACAGUAAAGCACAUACCAAACAAGUAAAGGGAUUUUUCCAGAAAUAGCACCUUUUAAAAAAAAUUACAAAAAUAGCACCCACCCAAAAAUAUUUACAAAAAUAGCACCAAUUUUUAUGGACCGCACCUCUAAGGUGCGGUUUAUUAUCCUGGGCCAAAACCACAUCUUGGCCAUGCGGUUUCAGGUCUGACCUACAUAAACCGCAUGGCCGAGGUGCGGUUUUGGCCUGACCUAGCAAAACCGCACCUUGGAGAUGCGGUUUGCAUGGCAGACGAAAACAGUAUCUCUCUAAGGUGCGAUUUUCAUAAGUGAUUUUGCCUAUAAAAGACUACACGGAAAACCUCUUCUCUUCACACCUCUCCUUCUCCAUUUUCAAUUUUCUGAUCUAGCUCUAUAUUUCUUUAGUGUUUUUGCGAUUAACGUUAACUCGUAAGUUUAUUUUGUAUGACUUUUUAUUGUUAUUUGUGAUUUUUAUGAUAUUAACUGAACUACGGUUUUUUUGCAGAUGGCAUUUCAAAAGUUCACGUUUGGCUUACAGUGGAAUGGUUACACGGAAGAGACCGGAAAGGGGGUCACCUACGUCGGUGGCAAUUUUCAGAAAAUAAAGGUCGCUACCAGAUCGCUGCUUGAAGACCUCCAUCAAAUGUGCACUAACGUUACUUGCAUGGAUGACACGAGAAGAGUUGAUCGUAUGGUGUACCGAUAUCCAAACAGAGAAAGUGGGUCAUUGUGACAUGAGGAAUAUCUCAUAACCACUCAGGAUGAAGUAGAUUCCAUGCUCGAAUUCUUGAGGUCCAACAAUCUUUCCAAAGCCGAGAUGUUCGUUUACACCGAGGCGGCCGUUGGCGUUGGAGGUCAUUCUGGACACGGUCAAACAUCUGGUAUCCAUGGUGGAGGUGAAUUAUAUGACAAUCAUCCCUACCAAAGUUACCAUGAUCCUCAUUUAUAUUUUCAGUACCAAGAGCAAGGUGAAGGUCAUCAUCAAUCUUUCCCGUCAUAUGAAGAAGAAGUUCAACCGGACCUCCCCAACCAACCUCAGUACAACUUCCAAUCAGGCAGCGGUAGUUUUCACAACUACCAUUAUGGAGCUGAUGAAGGUGCCUUUCAUGAACUAGAUAAGAUUGGAGCUGCCCUACCAGCACCAGUUAGUGACCCCUCCGAUGAAGAAGAAGAGACAACGUCAGUGCAGACAGCUCCGACCCUCUUGAAGGUGUUGAUGAUUCAGGACCAGAGUCAGACUCAGAUAAUGAUGAUGAGGUGGCUCGUAACCGUGUACCAGUCCCCUACUACAAUCACAUUCCAGACGACAAUUGGAUGGUUGACAGCGACAUGGAGCCGCCAGAGGUCCCAGUAUGGGGUCCACUCACUGGGUUUAUGAAGGGCCAACAAUUUGGCUCGAAGAAGGAGGUGCGACACGCCAUUGAGACUGAAGCAAUGACACAACUCAUUCCAACACUAAAAGACUCAUAGUCAGAUGCCGUAAUCAUCACGAGGGGUGCAAUGUUAGGAUUCGGGCCAUCAACAGCAAGAGACACGACCACUGGGUCAUAUCCCGUGCGAUAAACACACACACGUGUGUCAUACAUAACUUCCCAAGGUCAUCGACAGUUGAAAUCCAGGGUGGUUGCUGCGGCUAUCAAGCAUCUAAUUGAGCAAGAUCCGGACUUGAAGGUGAAAGUCAUAAUCGCUGACAUUGCAAGUCAUUAUGGUUAUAUGAUUAACUAUAAGAAGGCGUGGCAUGGAAAGCAGAAAGCUCUGGUCGCCGUCUUUGGUGAUUGGGAAGAAUCAUAUGCAUUCCUUCCCAGGUUAAUUUUGGUAUUGGAGGCGUCUAACCCUAGCACUGUUUUCUCCCCUCGAUACCAAGAUGAAGAGAUACAACCCCCAGAGCCAGGUAACAACCACCAUUUCAAACGACUUUUUUGGACAUUCAAGCCAUCUAUUGAUGGUUUUGGCUUCUGUGUCCCUGUGAUCCAAGUGGAUGGUACAUUCCUUACCGUCAAGUACAAGGGCACUCUCCUGAUUGCCAAUGGUGCGGAUGCAAACAUACAAGUCUUUCCUUUAGCCUUCGCCAUUGUUGAGAGAGAGAAUGAUGAUAGCUAUGGAUGGUUUUUCUGGCAAAUUCAGCUCCACGUCACUAGGAGGACGAACCUGACAAUAAUCUCUGAUCGGCAGGCCGGCAUUAGAGCUGUCAUCUUAGGUUUAGAUCCACUCUGGAAGUGGUCCCAAAGGUGGUGCAUACGACACUUCAAGAGCAACUGGAACCAUCAUUUCAAGCGAAAGAAGUUUGCUGAUAAUUUGUGGUGGAUUGGUAAGCUCUCUAUUAGCCGUUUAAUUUUGUCAGCUAACAAUAUCUUGUAAUCGGGAGAGUGGUGCACUUGUUAGACUCUUUUUAAAGAGAUGCAUACCUAAGGAAAUGGGGUUUUAAGCGAUUAUCAUGGUCCUCCCAUUUCCUGGGAAAAUCGGGUUUUAAGCGAUCUUCGGAUUCGCCCUUUUUCUGUCAAACAGACUGUGUUUCUAAGGAGAUGUAUAAUCUCAGAGGAAACUCUAAUAAGUGAUGAGCAGUAUCAAUGAAAAGGUAAAAUCAGC